GUAGUCAUGGCGCUACCUCCCAGGUCCUUCCGCAGGCUAUCCGGAGCCUAACUGACCGCUGCGGCAGAGGCUCCGCCCUGCCCCCAACUGCCCUCCCCCUCCGGCUCACUCCGGAACACUGAGUCUGCGCACAAGCUGGUUCUAGCUGGUUAGAACCCGCGGGUGCCGGGGCGAACAAAUUAAAAAUAUUUGGAUUUCAUCAUUCUGCAACCAAGAUGUUUGCGGACCAUGUUUUGAAACUUCUGUCGGGGAAGCAAAAAACUUCUGUAACCAAGUCCCAACCAGAAGCCCCACCAGAACGAGUAGGUGACAAAAAAUAUUUCCUGGAUGCUUCCAAUAAAAAUCUCACCUUUAUCCCAGCUAACAUCUUAGAACUUUGGGAGCUUGAAGAGUUACACUUAGAAAACAAUGUGCUUGAGGGUAUCGCCAGAGAAAUCCACAAUCUCACCAACCUGAAGAUUCUCUACCUGAACAACAAUGACAUGAAACUUAUUUGCAAAGACCUCGGAGAAUUGUCAAAUCUUCAAAGUCUGGACUUCAGCAACAAUCCCCUGGUUCCCACCACUUUGCCUGUCAUUGCCCAUCUGCGGGCCCUUCGACAGCUCCGACUUUAUAAAAUCCAACUGGAGAAAUUCCCCAUUCAGAUCUGUAAAUGUCUGCACCAUCUGGAGCUGCUGGGCUUGUCUCACAAUAAGCUGAAGGAUCUGCCCAAAGAAAUCGUCAACCAGACCAAACUGAAAGAGAUCUACCUGCAGGAUAACCACUUUGAAAACUUCCCUCAGGAGCUGUGUGCCCUUUACAACCUGGAGAUCAUAGACCUGGAGCAGAACCGAAUCCCAGUCAUCCCGGACGAGAUCAGCAGCCUGACAAAAUUGGAGAAAUUCUUCAUCGCCUCUAAUGUCGUGACGGUCCUCCCCGAUUCUCUGGGAAGUUGUAACAAGCUCAUAGUCCUGGAUGUCUCCAAUAACUACCUGCACAAUCUGCCCUCCACCCUUAAAGAGCUGACAGAAAUAAGGGAGCUGGGCCUUUCUGGAAACUGCAUGGAGAAGGUGCCCAGGCUCAUCUGCAAGUGGACAAUGCUUCAUCUCCUGUACAUGAAGAACACCUGUCUGAAAACCCUUCGCCGCUCCUUCAAACGGCUGCUCAAUGUCACCAUCUUGGAUUUGAGUCAAAAUUACUUUGAAUUUUUCCCUCAAGAGAUCUGUGCUUUGAAAAACCUGGAGCUCUUGUCCCUGGAUGACAAUCGUAUCUGCCAGGUCCCUCCAGAGGUGGUCAACCUUGUCAAACUGAAGGCACUUAGUUUAACUGGAAAUAAUUUCAUGAUAUUUCCAGAGGAAGUCUUGCUAAUUGAAUCAUUAGAACAACUAUAUCUGGGACAAGACCAAGGAACUAAACUGACCUAUAUCUCAGAAAACAUCAUGAAGUUAACGAAUCUGAAAGAGCUGUAUUUAGAGAACAAUAGCCUGGAGAAUCUGCCUGAUUCAUUGGGUUCAAUCAAAACCUUAGAGAUGUUGGAUUGUCACAACAAUCAGCUUAAGGAGCUUCCAGACUCUAUAUGUGAAAUAUCAGCUCAUUUUACAGAUGAGGAAACUGAGGCAAACAGGGUGAAGUGGCUUGUCCAGGGUCAUCUGCCUGCUAAAGGUCUGAGGUUGGAUUUGAACUUGAGAAGGUGAGUCUUCCUGACUCUAAUCUGUACUCUACGGUGCCACCUCCUGAGAUACUGAAGAUUCAGCAUGGCUAGAUUACUCUCCUUGUGUCUCAGUUCCUGAUACCAGAGGCCUUUGCCACUGGCUUUUGUGAAUCCUGCAAAGAAUGCUGAUGACAAGGUCAGAUCUUCACCUGGUCACCUGUAUAUGGGGGGAGGAGUCUAUGGGCUUGCUCCCCUUCCUCCAGUCUUCUUCCACCUUGCUUCUGACUGCUCUGGAAGUUCCCCAAUCUCAACCACUUCCCUGCUGGCUUUUGGGCUCCUGCUUGGACUUCUUGUAUUGCACAUAACCCCAUAGGGCAAAUUCUCUUCAGCCAAUCAAAAAAUGGAUUCCCAUGUUGUGUCAUCUACUUUUAUCCAAAGACCAAAGCACUUCACUCCUCCUUUAAUUGAUUCAGGGCUCGGCCCCUCAGUUAAACACCUUUGACUAUCCGUCUAUGAAGUUUAGGACUCUGUUCACAUUGAUUGUGGUGGGUUUCUCCUCCAAAUCUUACAAACGAGUCACCCACAGGAAAUAUGGGAAUGAGUCCUUCUGGAUACUCAGUUCCACUCAAGUGACUGAUAAGUUUAUCCUCAAAGCGUUUUGCUUGUCCUAUUUUUAGAGAUGGAGAGACAGGACUUGGCCCAGCUAUCUUUGCAUAUUCUCUUUUCUUACUUACUUGCCCUUAUUUAUCCUGAUCCUGGCCACUUUCACGGAAUGAACAAAGAAGAAAGGCUUGUGGCUCACCUAUCAAAGCAAAGGGAACUACAACUCCAGCUCUCAUCCCCAGCUAGUGUUUUUCUAGGUACGAUAGAAAGGCUUUGGUUACUCCUAUUAGAAAGCUUGGGAAAUGCUAGUUGUACUGAAAAAUAAACCACUGGGUUCACUCUCUUAUCCCCAUGUCUCUUAAAGAAAGGAAGCUUCCCCAGGGCUGGAGUUAUCUACUUUUGUCUGAUUCUCAUCACACAGGAAUAUUUUGCUUUUUUCCCACAAGUACAUGUAAAAACUGUUUUUAACAUUAAAAAAAUUUUUUUUGAGUUCCAAAUUCCCUCCCAUCAUCCCUCCUCAACCAUUUCCUUGAGCCAGUAAGCAAUCUGCUAUAGUUUUACAUGUGCAAGCAUGUAAAACACUUUUCCAUAUUAGUCAUUAUGUGGAAGAGAUCUUGAAGAACAAAAAAAUGAAGUGAAAUGUAGUAUGUUUGGGUCUACAUUCGGGCUUCCUCAGUUCUUUCUCUGGAGAUAGAUGGCAUUGCCAUCACGAGUCUUUGGGAUUGACUUGGAUCAUUGUAUUGCUGAGAAUAGCUAAGUCAUUCCCAGUUAAUCAUACAAUAUUGCUGUUGUAGUGGACAGUGUUCUUCUGGUUCUGCUCAUUUCACUUUGCAUCAGUUCAUGUAAGCAGAAGAACAUGAUAUUUUAAGUGGCUGGCAUGUAGACAACUGACAGUCAUUUGGUUCU